AUCGUUUUUCACUUUCAGUGUGGCUGCGCUGCUCAGCACACAUCGGGGAUGAACGAGACGAACGAGAUUGCGGUCAAGCAGUCGCUGGCCCACGCCCAAGUACCCGUGCCGCCGCCGCCGCCGCCGUCGCACCCCACUGUGCAGCUCGACGAGUCGCUUGCUCGUGUCUUCAGUCACCUGUCGCUCGAGUACGAUGCCACGGUGGACGCAGUCGUUCCGCGGUGGAAAAAGUUUUCCCGCUCAAACAGCUAUCGCGGUCAGACCCUCGCUGCAAGCACGGCGUCUUCCUCCGGGGCGGGCACUGCUGACGAUGGCAGGCAGAACGACCUGCCGUCAUCCUCUUCUGCGCUGUACGGCGGCGUGACUGGAGAGAGCGAGCCCCGCUACACGAGCAACGAGGCAGCCCAAGCCAAGACAGCCGUUUACCUCGAGCACAUUGAGAAGAAGCGCUUGGACAAUGCCAUCUGGCGCGCAUGGCAUCUCUGGCGGGUCCAUGGAAUCACCACGCCCUACGUGAACUUUAAUGUCGACCGAGCAGCCCUCGCCCAGGCGGCGGCUGCCAAGCACAAGAAUGAUGUCCAAGUCCUUCGCGGGCAACUCGCGCGGAUUGCUCGUGAAUACCACAGCUGGCGAGCAUUCUAUAAGAGCGAUGUGUAUCGACAAAUCCAGCGUCGAUCGGAAGAGCCCACGGCCCCAUCGACCAGCUUGAUGCCCGAAGUGCCAGCUGAACCACCAGCGCCAAUAGACAUGUCGACAGAACCGUUUUCAAUGUCUACGACAAUGGAUGUGGAACCCUCCUCUGGAUUUGCGCUUCUGGAAAGUUUGGCUUCGGCGGAUGAGGAGAAUUUGCUCAAAGAUCUUGUGGAAAAUGACAUUUUCGCCGACGAAAUGCUCGGUGAAGCUCUGAAUGGGCUGUCCGACACGCUUUUUAGCUCUUUGGGGCCGUUUGCCAUCAUGGACGCCGCUAGAGCGAAUGCCCCUGCACGAGGCAUGGGUAACGUUCACGCGUCGCAGCCUAGACUUGAGCAACUAUUCCACCGCGAACAAACACUCCCAAGUUUCGCGCCCGCUUCGUGGGUUGCAAACGAUCGAGCUGGAGCUCCACAGUUGCGCAUCGCUUUGCAGCCGACAUUAUCCUCUGGCCCGUCAGUGCCACCAGUCACCGCCUCAUACCAGUCGAGCAGCGCCCCAAAUUCCCGCCGCAACAGCACCACGGAUGUUGCUCUGUCGAAACUCGCGCAUGUGGCACACGAGCAAAAACGCCGCGACACCCUGCGCUCUGGGUUUGAUGAAUUGACAAGCUUGAUUCAGUUGCCGGUCGCUGGACACACGUCGUUCAGCCUCAAGCCGAAUCAAAAGCUGUGCAAGGCAACCGUCCUGUCCAAAACGGUCGAAUUCAUCGAGAGCGUGCACCGUCAGAACGCAGCCGCCUUGGCCGAGGCCAACCGUCUUCGCCAAGAGAUUUAUGCUCUGAAAAUGAGCAUCAGCCAACAACAAGCGGCCCUGUUGCAGUCUGGAGCAAACCAGGCGAUGCUUCCAACACGACCACCAGACCCAACCAACAUCAUGUACCGCGAGUAUGUGCAGGCCACAUCCACGCAGAAUCUCAAGUUUUGGAUUUUCAGCAGCAUCGCAGACAAGCUUUUCGCCACCUACAGUCCCAUUGUCAGGGCCGAUACGCCCGACGCCGUCUCUGACACGAUGGCAAUGUGGUUGUCCAAUCAUUGUCAGAUUGAGCAGCUUCGAGAAGCCACUCUGAGUGCUGUGCGCGCCAUCGGCUCUGCUCUCUUCCCGGGCACCUCGUCCUCUGUAUCCACCGCUCUGCCCAUCAUGCCCAAGCCCCGAUAACAGAGUGCUUUUGUUUGGAUUUUUUCUCGUUUGUUAGUUGUUAAUGCAGAAGCAACAUGCUCGCCAACGUGCAUAAAGAGCGGUAGA